AUGCGGCAGAGCCGAGGCGCCUGGACGACUCAAUGGAGGAAAAGGAGAAAGGAUUAUGUUCGGGGCCUCGGAUCGGAAGCAUCGCAGGAAAGGAGGGCCGCAGGCGAUGACGCACGAACCGCGUCCGUGAGACCCUCGCCCCGGACGGCCCAGGAGCGUGCAUCUGGUCUGCUGCCGUCGCGGUUCAUUUCCCGCUGGGGGCGUGGUGCUUGCGUUGGACGCAGACAUGGAAGAGAGAGCGAAGUGCAGGCGCUCGUGGCACGCGGGGGGGUCGCGGACAUGGAGCAGAGAGGUGCGGGGCAGAGACUGAGGGCCGGAGAGGCCAGGAGGAAGAGUGGCCGGGGGCGGGGUGGCGGGGGGCGUGUGGCGGGGGGAUUGAUUCCGACUGAGAAGCUGGGGUCGCCCGCGAGAGGAGCAGCGACCAGCAAGACGAACAGAAAAGCGGCGAGGAAGAGUGGCGAUGGGCAACUCCAACUCGACACAGGCCCCUCCCCUAGCCUCUGCAGACCGCAACCACGCACGCCGCACACAGCCCUCCAGCGCCGCCCUCGCAUCCUCUGCGACGCCCCGCGCCCACACCCCGCAUCGCUCCCUCCGCACAAAGAAGAAAUCCCUCGAGCUGCCCGAUCUGGCGUCGCUCUCGUACCCCCUCGCUCCGUCCUCCCUCAAUGCGUCGCCGCACGCACACUACGGCCGCCACAAGCCCUCCUCCCCCAUCCCCAUCCCCAUCUCCCCCCACACCGCCGUCCUCGACAACCACGUCCAGUCCUCCGUCUACGGCCGUCCCCAUCCCACCCAGCUCCUCGCGGUCGGCCUCCACCGCCCCCUCCCCCCUCGGAAAUCCCAGAUGACCCCCCUCCAUUCGUGACAGAGACCAUCCGCAGCACCAUCCCACUCGGGAUUACAAAGCCCCUGUCCUCCACUGGCGCCUCCCUCGUCCACAAGCCCACAGAUCAUUCCCGCGACCUCGUCCCAGUCAAGAUCACUUGGCACGGCCCCGCCAAGACUGUUGUCCUCGCGCGCGCAGGCGAUGCCAACUGGACCGGCCGUCAGCCCAUGGAACGCGAACCGAACGAGGAGGAUACAUGGUUUACAUGGGUCGAGCUCCUCCCGGGCACGCACCACAUCAAGUUCUUCGUUGACGAUCAGUGGCGCGUCGCAGACGACAUCGCCACCGCCGUCGACGAUGACGGCAGUCUUGCUAACUACGUCAACAUUCCCGCCGUCGCCGUCAGCCCACCCACGCCCCCUCUCGGGCCAGCUUCUGGUCCUCCCAUGUCCAAUCUCUCUGCCUCCAUAUCCAAACAUACCGGCCCGCCCUCCACCCCUACCAACGGCAACGGCGCCGCCAACGCCACGUCCAACAACGCCGGCGGGUUCCAGAUCUCGUUCUGGAGCGAGAGCAGCGUCGGCGGCGCUCGCGCGGGCCCUCCCAAGUGGACACAGGAUCUCCCGGCCGAGCUGCUCGCUGCGGCGCGGGAGGAGGAAAUAUACCUCGCCGACGGAGCCGCGGGCGGCGCGCCCGCGCCGAAUAUCCCGCCCGCGCCCGUCCUCCCGCGGCAUCUCGAUAAACUGAUCCUGAACACGCGUCCCGCUGCGCCGCGCUCGGACGCGAACGCACGGGCGGAGGAGCGCGCGAGGCGGACCGCCGGCGCGAGCACGCAGGCACCGGGGCACGGGCGCGUGCGGUCGCGCACGCGGCAUUCGGCGCUGGGGAUGACAGAGGUGCAGGGGCAGGGGCAGGGAGGGUCGGCGGACGGCGAGGGUGCGAUCCCAGUCACGACGGCGAGCGGGACGGACGUGACGGCGACGGCGGCGGGGCGGGGAGAGACCGGCGCGCGGGCGGGGGUAUCGCUGAGCGGCCCGGCGCUCGCGGACGACGCGAGCGUGCUGCCGGUGCCGUCGCAUGUGGUGCUGCACCAUCUGAGCACGAGCGCGAUCCGGAACGGGGUGCUCGCCGUCGGGAACACGACGCGCUACAAGAAGAAGUUCAUCACGACCAUCUAUUACAAGCCGACAUGA